AUGAUACAAGACUUGUUGAAUAAGUUUAAGCUGUGGAAAGUAAUUCGAGUGGUUGCAUGGAUACGAAGGUUUAUUAAUAACUGUCGUUCGAAGUUAAGGAGAAGUAACUCUCUAGUAACACAUGAAACUCAAGAAGCUGAAGAAUGUAUUGUCAAGAUAUCACAGAAUGCGAAAAUGUUAGAAAACGACUAUGAGGAUAUUUCAAAACGACUUGGACUUACGCCUGACGAGGAAGGGAUACUUCGUUGCCGAGGACGGGUCACGGCGAUGGUGGAUAGAGAGGUUAAGAAGAUCGGUGAAGAGUAUUAUCAACAAAUGUUACAAGUGUUUACGUUACAGAGCGAAACCCUUUGCUGCACCACCAACAGCGCCACUCCCAGAAUUUAG